CUCCAACAUCAUAUGAUGAAGGAGUGUGGAAAAAAUAGUAGCUCACCAUGUGCAGCUUGCAAGUUAUUGAGAAGAAGAUGUGGCCAUGACUGUGUUUUUGCACCUUAUUUCCCUGCUGAUGAACCUCACAAGUUUGCUAAUGUUCAUAAGGUCUUUGGUGCUAGUAAUGUCAGCAAAAUGCUACAGGAAUUGCCAGAGCACAAAAGAGGAGAUGCAGUGAGUAGCAUGGUGUAUGAAGCUAAUGCUAGAGUUAGAGAUCCAGUUUAUGGAUGUGUUGGAGCCAUUUCAUCUCUUCAACAACAAAUUGAUAUGCUAAGAACCCAACUAGCCAUGGCCCAAGCUGAGGUUGUCCAAUUGAAGCUAAGACAAUCAACAAACAUUACUAAUAGCCCACCAAAUAGUGGGUCACCCAUUAUGGGCUCAGUGCCCAAAGGAUAUUACCAUAUGGAUUUGGAUGUAGAUCAGUCCAACACCUUCAAUGAGCCUAUGUGGCCAUAUUAGAUGAAUUUUGUUGUCUAUUUAAACUUCAAAAAUUAUCUUGUGUCCUUUUGCCUCUAUAUAUCUUUUUCUUAUAAGAGCAAAGGUGAUGAUUAG